ACUGCACUUAUAUAAACGUGCAGCCUGCCCAUGUUAUUCAUUAUCAUCACCUUUGUUAUCUCCUUCAUCACAACCCCCAAGAACUUGAACAUUCGGUUCCAAUGGCCCAGCUUUCAGAUCUCGUCAACCUUGACCUCACAGACUCCACCACUAAAAUCAUUGCAGAAUACAUAUGGAUUGGUGGAUCAGGCAUGGAUAUUAGAAGCAAAGCAAGGACACUUGCUGGUCCGGUGGAUGAUCCGAAGAAGCUACCAAAAUGGAACUAUGAUGGGUCCAGCACAGGGCAAGCCCCUGGGGAAGACAGUGAAGUUAUUUUAUACCCUCAAGCCAUUUUCAAGGAUCCGUUUAGGAGGGGCAACAACAUAUUGGUGAUGUGUGAUGCUUACACUCCGGCCGGUGAGCCAAUCCCGACUAACAAGAGGUGUGCUGCUGCCAAGAUCUUCAGCAACCCGAAAGUCGAAAAGGAGGUCCCAUGGUACGGAAUUGAGCAAGAAUACACCUUGUUGCAGAAGGAUGUCAACUGGCCUCUAGGUUGGCCUCAAGGUGGUUUCCCUGGUCCACAGGGGCCAUACUACUGUGGUAUUGGCGCGGAUAAAGCUUUCGGUCGCGAUAUUGUUGAUGCACAUUAUAAGGCUUGCCUUUACGCUGGCAUCAACAUUAGCGGUAUCAAUGGCGAAGUUAUGCCUGGUCAGUGGGAGUUUCAAGUUGGACCUGCUGUGGGCAUAUCUGCAGGCGAUGAACUGUGGGUGGCACGUUACAUUCUUGAGAGGAUUACCGAGAUUGCUGGAGUGGUGGUUUCGUUUGACCCAAAGCCGAUCCCGGGCGACUGGAACGGGGCUGGUGCUCAUUGUAACUAUAGCACCAAAUCCAUGAGGGAAGAAGGCGGGUACGAGGUGAUCAAGAAAGCGAUCGAGAAGAUGGGCUUAAGGCACAAAGAACACAUCGUUGCGUACGGAGAUGGCAAUGAGCGACGUCUUACGGGGCGCCAUGAAACGGCUGACAUCAACACAUUUAUAUGGGGUGUUGCAAACCGUGGCGCGUCUAUUCGUGUGGGGCGUGACACCGAGAAAGAAGGCAAAGGGUAUUUCGAAGACCGAAGGCCGGCUUCUAACAUGGAUCCAUAUGUUGUGACCUCCAUGAUUGCUGAGACCACCAUUUUGUGGAACAAAUCUUGAAGAAAAAUGAUUUAGAUGAUGAAGUUAUGAAGCCUGUUUUGGAGGGGGAGAUUUGAAAACAAAUUUACUAGAAAAUAAUUAAAUACAAACCUUAAUAUUAUCUUGAAAACUGGUUGCAUGUUACCUUGUUUACUUGUACUUCAUCUACAUGUGUCACAUGUAGUUCUAUAUCUACAUGUGUCACAUGUAAUUCUAUGGAUCUGAGUUGAGAUUUUUACCAUGGUGUUUGCUUCCAUGGGAGUAUUGUUAUACUUAUAUUAAUAACAAUAGUGAAGGGUUGAUUUUGAUUG